UCGAACAAGAUGGCGCCAAAGUUUGUUUUGACGUGAGACUUGUGUCGUUAUCCAACAAAACCUUUAUAAAACCUUUAUAAUGUGAUAUUUUAAUAAGUACAAUAGUAAAUGCUACGGUCAUUGGUUGCAUGUUAAUCUAACAUUAUAUCAGUCUGACACUGAGCAUAUAGUUUGCAGCAUCAGCAUGAAAUCUGACGUGGAGGAACUGAUGCCCAGGCUUCUGCCUGUGGAAACAUGCGGCACUGACACUGGGGAAGACUUAAAUCUGAACGAGCCUCCAAGAAAUCCCCAGGAAUAUCUGAGGCAGGUUCAAUUAGAAGCGUCUCUCUGUCCAGAUGUUGUGGUGGCGAAGAUUGAUCCAAAGAAAUUGAGAAGGAAACAGACAGUGAACGUGUCGCUCACGGGUUGCCAAGCUGCUCCACAAGGAUUUUCACCGAGUUUAAAAUGGCAGCGACAGCAAGUCAGCAACUUCUCAGAAAUAAGACGGAGUAUCAGUAAGCACAGACAACACUGGAGUGGUCAGGCUUUAGAUGACAAUGUGUUAAUGCCAAAACAGGACUCAGAGGAACAGUGGAAAAAGUUCUGCCUGGGUGAAAAUGUUUAUCUGAACUCUCCUCCCACUGACCCUGGUAGUGACGAUCCAGGCCUUGAUUAUGUAAAGGUUGGUUUUCCACCUUUCCUUAGCAUAGUGAGCAGGUUAAAUCAGGCCACAGUCUCUGCAGUUUUGGAGUACUUGAUCAACUGGUUUGAAGAGAGAGAGUUUGUCCCACAGUUAGGAAGAUGGCAGUAUGCACUACUGGCUUGCCUUGAGAAACCUCUCCUCCCUGAAGCACAUUCUCUAAUAAGACAGCUGGCCAGACGGAGUUCUGAAGUGCGGGCCAAUCUGGAACGCCAGGAAGAUGAAAGUUUGUCUCCUCUCAACUUGAUGAUCUGCCUUGUUGCAAGGUACUUCGAUCAAAACGACUUGGCCGAUAAGGAGGACUAAACGGGUUGAUGAAAUCUACGAUGAGGCUGAAACUCAUCACCCCAUGAACUGUAGCUCUAUGAACCCAUCUCCAUGCUCAGAUUUAGGAUCCACGGGGAGUUGUACUGUGGCGAUUUGAAGCAUUUAGAUAAAGCAACUAUUGAGUCUUAUGGAGAACAUUAGACCCAAUAAAUUUACAUUUGUCAUUUAGCAGACACUCUUAACCGACUUACAGGAGCAAUUAGGGUCAAGUACCUUGCUCAAGGGUACAUUGGCAUAUUUCUUUACCUAGUCUGCUCAGGAUUCAAACCAGCGACUUUCGGUUACUGGCCCAAAGCUCUAGACUGCUAGGCAACCUGCUGCUCUGGUGCAAUUGGACAGUUUAUUUUAUUAUAUUAUAGAUUGUGUUCACCUUCUGCUAUUUCAGGAAUGAAAUAAAAAAUUUGCGUCCA